UCCUUUAUUUUCCACUCACUUUCUCGCAGUUUAAAAUGGCGGCGUUGAGCAGCGCCGAGUCCCCACCGCCCGUCUUUAACGGAGACACCGCGGAGCGGGAGCCGGGCAGAGAGCGGGGCCUGGUGGAGCUUGGUGCCGGGCUGGACUCCUCUUGCACGUCGGAGAUCCCGGGAGGUCCGCAGGAUGAGGAGAUCUGGAACAUCAAACAGAUGAUAAAGUUGACACAAGAACACUUAGAGGCUCUUCUGGACAAGUUUGGAGGAGAACACAAUCCUCCUUCCAUUUAUCUCGAGGCCUAUGAGGAGUACACUAGUAAACUGGACGCCCUGCAGCAGAGGGAGCAGCAGCUGCUGGAGGCUAUGGGCAACGGUACAGACUUUUCCUGCUCUCCUUCUCCAAUGCCAGCCCUUCUGGAGGUCAAGAUGGGAGGUUGUGGGGUCAGAGGUGGGGCUCAGGCCUUUCCCUCAGCCCCCAACACCUUGGCUGUCCUGCAGACCCCCACCGACGCCAGCCGAGCCAACCCUCGCUCCCCUCAGAAGCCCAUCGUCAGGGUUUUCCUGCCAAACAAACAGAGGACAGUGGUCCCAGCACGCUGUGGGAUGACUGUGAGAGACUCGCUGAAGAAAGCUCUGAUGAUGCGAGGCCUCAUUCCAGAGUGCUGCGCAGUCUACAGGAUACAGGACGGAGAGAAGAAGCCGAUUGGCUGGGAUACAGACAUCUCCUGGCUGACAGGAGAGGAGCUGCAUGUAGAAGUGUUGGAGAAUGUGCCGCUCACCACACACAACUUUGUGAGGAAGACCUUCUUCACGCUGGCCUUCUGUGACUUCUGCAGAAAGCUGCUUUUCCAGGGUUUCCGCUGUCAGACCUGUGGAUACAAGUUUCACCAGCGCUGCAGCACAGAGGUUCCCCUCAUGUGUGUCAACUAUGACCAGCUAGACUUGUUGCUUGUGUCCAAGUUCUUUGAGCAUCACCCAUUCACCCAAGAGGAGGUCUCCUCAGAGGGAACCACCCCUGUGUCUGAGGCCUGUCCGUCACUCCCCCCAUCUGACUCCACCGGGUCUAUAUGCCACCCCACUGUGUCCCCGUCCAAGUCCAUACCCAUCCCUCCCAGUUUCCGGCCCAACGAGGAGGACCACCGGAACCAGUUUGGCCAGCGGGACCGUUCGUCCUCCGCCCCCAAUGUCCAUAUCAAUACCAUCGAGCCUGUCAACAUCGAUGACCUGAUUCGAGAUCAGGGCUUACCGAGGUCAGAUGGAGCCCCCCCGACCCACCCCGCCCGCUGCUUGAGGAAGCACCGAACACGGACCUCAAGCCCCCUCCUAUACUCCUACCCCAAUGACAUAGUGUUUGAUUUUGAGCCCGAGCCUUUCCGAGGCUCCACCACAGGGCUGUCAGCGACACCUCCCGCCUCUUUACCCGGCUCUCUGACCAAUGUCAAGGUUCCACAGAAGUCACCAUGCCAACAGAGGGAGCGCAAGUCGUCGUCUUCAUCUGAGGACCGCAAUAAGAUGAAAACUCUGGGCAGAAGAGACUCCAGUGACGACUGGGAGAUCCCCGAGGGGCAGAUCACUCUGGGUCAGAGGAUAGGUUCUGGAUCCUUUGGAACUGUCUUCAAGGGAAAGUGGCAUGGUGAUGUGGCAGUGAAGAUGUUGAACGUCACUGCUCCCACACCACAACAGCUUCAGGCCUUCAAGAAUGAAGUGGGAGUCCUCAGGAAAACACGUCAUGUGAACAUCCUGCUGUUCAUGGGCUACACCACCAAGCCUCAGCUGGCCAUCGUGACCCAGUGGUGUGAAGGCUCCAGUCUGUACCACCACCUGCACAUCAUCGAGACCAAGUUCGAGAUGAUCAAGCUGAUCGACAUCGCCCGGCAGACCGCUCAGGGCAUGGAUUACCUGCAUGCCAAAUCAAUCAUCCACAGAGAUCUGAAGAGCAACAAUAUUUUCCUCCACGAGGAUCUGACGGUGAAGAUCGGUGAUUUUGGUCUGGCUACAGUCAAGUCCCGUUGGAGUGGCUCGCACCAGUUUGAACAGCUGUCUGGCUCCAUACUGUGGAUGGCACCAGAGGUGAUCAGGCUGCAGGAUAAGAAUCCCUACAGCUUUCAGUCAGACGUGUAUGCCUUCGGCAUCGUGCUGUACGAGCUGAUGUCGGGAGCGCUGCCCUACUCCAACAUCAACAACAGAGACCAGAUCAUCUUCAUGGUGGGUCGAGGUUACCUAUCUCCUGACCUCAGCAAGGUGCGCAGCAACUGUCCGAAGGCCAUGAAGAGACUGAUGGCCGACUGCCUGAAGAAGAAGAGAGAGGAACGACCUCUCUUCCCUCAGAUCUUGGCCUCCAUCGAGCUACUGGCUCGCUCGUUACCCAAAAUCCACCGCAGCGCCUCAGAGCCUUCGUUAAACCGAGCCGGCUUUCAGACGGAGGACUUCAGCUUGUACGCCUGCGCCUCACCCAAAACCCCCAUCCAGGCCGGCGGCUAUGGGGAGUUUUCAGCAUUUAAGUAAGUGCUGCUGAUCCCAUCAGUCCAUCCCUCGUCACUUCUCAAAAGUCUCGUGUCCAUGCGGUGGAUUCAUUCAUUACUGAAAAAACAAAUAGUCUCAACGAAUGUGCUUUUUUCUUCGUCUGUCCACCUGAAGAAGGCAGCCUCAUGGAGUCCUUCCAACAAACAGCUGUCCAGCAGGCAAACGGCCACCAUGACAGACAAAACUGAAUUAGGAAAAAAAUGAAAAACAAAAAAAAGAAACUUGAAUGACACAAAAGGGAAAAAAAAAAAAAAAAAAAAACUACCAAGACGCAAAGAUAUCCAUACCAAAAGAGUUUGAGGAGGAGAUGGCAGACUCCACAGAUCGACUUGCCUGCUGGAGGGAAAAGAUGAAGGCAACAGGAAGGAGAGACAGAUGUGAAAGGUCAAGAGAAGUCGAGGCUUUGGGCGCCCUCGUCCCGUCAUUACCUGUGUGGGUGAAGAGGGAGGCUGGUUUAUCAGCUGGGCCGCUGAACUGCACUUUGAGUGAUGGCAGAAUGGAGCCUGUGGAAGGAGGAGAGGCCUCCCAUCCGCCCGCCCGUCCGUCCGUCCUUCGGUUGAGAUGGAAAGCCAGGCAUUAGCCUGUUCCCGAGAUGAGCUGGAGGUCACUCAGCAGGGUUUAACCCCCAAAGGAAGAUGACUUGAAAGACAGACUUAUUCUUUUUUUCGUUUGUUCCGUUUGUUCCUCAUGUUUUAGAUUUUAGCUAGCACUUGCUAGGAAUGCUGAGCUUUUUUUUGUCAUUUGUUUCUUUUGUAGCACAGGCCUUUACCUUUUUUUUGUCUUCUUGGGCUUAAUGCUAACCAAAUUCUGCUGAAUACCCUAUUUUGCCUUCUCGUCUGCCCUCAACAAAUACAACACCCGCAACGAAACGGCAACAGCCAUUAAUCUACUGAAGAAUUUGCCGUUUGAAAACCACCACAUGAAAGCAGUAGAACAAGUUUGUUCUGUAGAUUUCCUGCAGAACAGUCCAGAGUUUGCACCGCUCCACCAACAACAGUAGCUGUUCUUUGGGAGGAGAGAGGCUCAUUUGUUUGGUGAUGGAAGGUUCAUGAGAUGAGUUUCUGUUAAAAGGGCUGGUCAAGCCAACAGAUGAGAUUGAGUGAGGUCGGACAGAUUUUGCAAAGGAUGUCGCGUUUACAUGAAAGCAGCAGAAAUGCUUCUAACCGUAGAUCUGUGGUAGAAAAGUCUGACAUGUUCUGCUGACUGCAAGGACUGCUGUUCACAGUUUAGUUUGGAGUUUUGAAGCUACGCGAGAGGCUUCUCAUUCUGUUUAAAGAGCCUUCCUUCUCUAAGCCAAGCUGCUGCCCGGCAAUUUACACUGAGCUGAGGAGUGUGUACAGUACUUGUGGCUCUGAGCUUCAAAGCUGUUAGACAGCAUCUUUGCAGCAAAGCUUUUUUUCCCAGUGCACGUCAUGUCAUUGUUUACUUUCUUACCGAUCACGUGGCUUCAUAUUGCACUUGGCUUCAAAUAGGACCUUACCUGUUGCAGCUGCUGACUAAUGAGCUGCAGCGUUACCUGCUGAAAGGACCACUGAUCCUCUGGUUCUGAGUUCUGUUCUGUUUCAAUCACACCUUUUUACUUUCUCUACACAUGCACCUGUACUUCUGUUCAUUCCAGCGUGUGUUAAAGGUUGUAGGUGUUAUUACACGUUAUUUUGAUUUGAUCGUCAAUGUUUGCCUUUUUCUGUACAGGCAGGCCUGCAGAUAUUUACUUAUUUAUGUGACUUUUUUUUUUUUUUUUUGAUUUAUUUUCAGAACCGCUUUAUUUAAAGCUACCAGUCUUUCUUUUGACGCUUAGUCGUCAUUGUCUUUGUGACUCGUGUACUUGCACUUUGUAGAGAUGGAUCGAAGGAAAUGAACGACUUGCCAUUUCUUUUCUUUUUUUUUUUUUUUUUUUUUUUUUUAUAUUGAAGAAUAAAUUGUGACACACAGAGCUGAGGGCCCAAAAUUUGGUUUCCAUUGCAUGAGUCAUUUACAGAGGCUGAACUGUGAAGAUUGAGCUGGGAAGGCUCAGUUGUCAUCUGGGGCCUGUCUUUGAUGAAGCCUCCAGCGUGUCACCAUACCUCCAGUGAUCAGAUGGCUUGAUAAAUGGAUGUCGUGGAGGUCGAACACACACACACACACACACACACACACACACACACACACACACACACACACACACACACACACACACACACACACCUUUUUACACAAUAAUCUGUUAGGAGAUCAGUUAUGUCAUCUUACCAUCAGUCCCAUCGAUGUGCAUCCAGGACUGAGCUAGUGCUGUGGGGGGGUUGAUGCAUGAAGAGUGCAGACAAAAACAUGAUCGAUACAUAAAGAAGCCCAAUCUCUAUUGGUGAAAGCAUGGUACACAAUGUUCAUCUGCUAUUUGCUGGUCUCUGGUGAUGUUAUUCUCUAGAUACAGGUGCACUUGAUUUGUUUCUUGCAGCAUGCUGCAUGUUGCAUAGCAGCAAGGGUGGAGAAAAGUAGUUCUGGUCAAUGUUCUGUCACUGUAGUUGAUUUCAGAGAGAAGAACACGGUGUGGCUUUUAUUUAAUACUCAGUCUGGCCUUUCAUAUUGCUCUCUUUGCUAACCUGUGCUGUGGAGAAACACCACAGAUGAUCUGUCUCAUCUCUCUUAGAUGAGAAUCCAGGGAACAGUUUUGGCAAGAGAUGAGUUACUCAAACUUAUCUGGAAGCUGAACAGUGAUUUCAUUUCCUAGACUGCGCCGUGCUACCCAACCCAACACCAGACAGUCAGUUAGCUUCUAGCUUGUGAUAAAAGUGGAGUAAAACAUUUUCUCUCAGAAGUUGGUGAACAAACAACAAUUGAUUUUAACCACACUAUAGAUGUGUUAUUGUUUCAGCACUUGCCAAUGUUGGCCAUGUUGGCAGAUCAUAUGCCCUCUCUCGUGCUGUGGAGUGCACUCACAGAAACAGCUGGUAACGUCUGGAACUGAAGAGCAGCCAAUAGCAGACGUGAUUUCACCUGUAGAUUUUAAUAUGGCUCCAACAAGUUUGGUCUGUACUGCCCCAACAUCAUGGUCUAUGUUAGGGAUUGACUAUCUAUAGAGAUUAAAUAUUACAUAUCACCCAGUCAUGUGACUCCUCUGAUCUAACAAAGGCUACACUCUGUCCACAGCUUGACAAAACAUCUGAAGAAACUGAGCUGAUAUGUUUCUGACUUUGUCACAAGAGAUUUGAACUUGUUUGGGUUGUGAAGGAGACUCGAUUAGUCACUCGAUAUAGCUGCUGUGAACUUCUUGACAUCAAGAAAGUCUGGAAUAAUACCUACCCUGACAUUAGCAGAUUUAUUCUGAGAAUGAAGAGUCCUGGCUUUACGACAGUAGAAUAGACAGGAGAAGAAACAUGGAAAGAGUAAACAGGGAAGUGAAAUGCAACAUACGAGCCAUGAAUGUUAAUAAUGCAUCUGAACACUGGACCACCAGGGGUCGUAGAUCGCAUGCUCACUCAGUGUGUUUGGAGGUGUUGGAGGUGAAGAUGUCCAAAGUUUGAUCAUUCUGAGGAUUAGGCUCUAUAUUGGCUCAGAUGAUGAGCAUGUUCAUGCUUGACCUUCACAAAGAGCAGUUGACAGAACAAUCUUAACUCAAGGUUUACUUACCUAUUUAUUCUGGAGCUUUUGAUUUUGGCAAUUGCUAUUUCCAAGUUGAGGGGUGCUCAGGUCAUGGCUGGGUUCAAACAAUAGUUUUAGUAUUCCCAGGUCAAGAAUGAACUGUCAGCCUCGGUAGAAGUAGCUCACUUCUCUAGUCCUCUUCCAGAGGCAUCAGUAUCCUUCAGACAGCAGUGGUGGUUGUCUGCUGGACUGUUGCACACUUUGGGAUUGCUCCCUUUUGACAUGAUGGGACCUGAGGGAGGAAACAGUAACGUCUUUCAUAGUGCUGUAUUUGGUUUCCUUAGAGAUCUUUAUUUUCUAUGAGAACGUGCCAGACCUACCGAGGAGGAAACAGUGAGCUCUGUCACUGAGGCUCUCCUCCACCUGUCCCUCCUCUUCAUCCAGAACUUUGUGUUCAGCCUUUCUCUACUUUCAUUUUCCUCUUUCUUCUUAAACAUUCCCCCCCUCUCCUUGCCUGCACCUUAAACCCAAACUAUUCCUUUCAACUGAGAACUAUCAUGAAAACUUUAUGGAGUUUUGUUUUGUUUUUUUUCACCUGUAAAUAGUUGUACAAAGGAAAUACUGUCAGUUUGCUAGGAGGCAUGGAGACUACAAAUGUAACAAAUUAUAAAAUGUUCAAAAUAAAGAGACAAAGAUUAAAAGACAUUUUGAUAGGCAGACUUCUGAGAAAAACUGUUGAGUGUAAAAAUAUUUAAGGCUGUAUCAUAAGGAGAAAGAGCUUAAUGUAUUUGUUGUGAAUAUGAAAAACUGAUAUAUUAAAGAAGUGCAUGAAAACUGUA